UUCCCCCUAGUAGAAGCCGGUGGAAAUAUCGCGAUCUGUGAUUGGAUGACCCAAGCGAGGCUUUCUUCUCGCGUAGGAGGCUGGACGCAAUGCGUAACAGUAGGGCGUAAGAUGGCGGCGUUGUUGGGUAGAGUGAUGUGGGGGACUCCUGCUGCUUGGCAGAGUUUUGCAAGGAACAAAAUGGAGCCAGUCACUUGGAGAAUGUGGAUUAGGCAGAGAUUUACUAGGUCAAGAAUUCCCGAAUCGGUAUUUCAGCCACGACCUGGUGAUCAUGAAAAAUAUGGAGGUGAUCCACAGCAACCUCAUAAAUUGCACCUUGUCACCAGAAUCAGAAGUGGGAAAAGGCGUCCUUAUUGGGAAAAGGACUUGCUCAAAAUGCUUGGAUUGGAAAAGAGAUUUGAGCCCAGAGUGCACAAAAACAUCCCUUCCGUGAAUGCAAAACUGAAAGUCAUUAAACAUCUAAUAAGCAUCAAACCAUUAAAGCUACCCCAUGGAAUUCCAUCUGAAGAGGAAAUGUCUGAUACCUUUAUUAAUAGCACCACAGGUGAACUAAUAAUUCGCCGUCGACUAAAACCAGUGGAACAGAAAACAAUUGACUCUUUGUAAUAUGUAUUGAUAUUUUAGAAAAUAAAUGUAACUUUAAACUUGGA